AUGUUAACUAUCCCACGUCAUGGGCUGAGCGCUCAGCAACUCCGCCUGCUGGGACGCGUAAAGACCACACAAUUGGCCAGGAUACUGAGCCCAUUGGCUUCACCAUGGACGCCCACCAGACUCAACUCGACCCUGAUCUACCCAGACCCGCCGACCAACAACCACCAUGACCUGCCCUCCUUCCUGGCAUACGCAGACAGGUCAGGACUCGACCCAAAGUCUACCCUAUACGUUGGCACCCAUUACGAGUACAUGGUCGCGCAGGUUCUCUCCAAGUAUGGCUUCUACCUGAGGAGGGUAGGCGGCCACUCAGACUACGGCAUCGACCUGCUGGGGACAUGGACGGUCCCGUCCUCCAAGGAACCGCUGAGGGUGCUGGCGCAGUGCAAGGCGAUCGCGAGGAAGUCGUCGCCGAAUCUGGUGCGCGAGCUGGAGGGCGCGUUCGUCGGCGCGCCGGUCGGGUGGAAGGGCCACGGCGUGCUGGGCGUCUUCGUCACCGAGAAGCCCGCGACCAAGGGCGUGAGGGACUCGCUGGCGCGGAGCAGGUGGCCCAUGGGGUUCAUCUCGUGCACGCGGGAGGGGCACGUCCAGCAGAUGCUGUGGAACCGCAGGGCCGAGGAGGAGGGGCUCGAGGGCCUUGGGGUGGGCAUGCGGCAUGCCGGCAAGGACGGGGAGGCGCAGCUGUCGAUGCUGUGGAAGGGGCAGCAUGUUGUUCUCAAGGGCUGUGAGCAGUAA